AUGCGGCGGCGCGUCGGCGGGGUCGAGGUCGUCGUGGAGGACGAGAGGCGGCGGCCAGUGCGCGACGGUCGUCGUCAUGGCCGGCCGGCCGCGCGAGGUGGAGUGAUGUGCGCGGGCCGCGCCGCGGUCGUUGCGUGUUCCGAUGUUUUGACUCUCUUCUGCUCGCUCGUCGCGUUCGCGCGUAAAAAUAUCGCCACGUGUCGGGUACUUCCAGCAGACGUCAGGACGCGUCCGCCGGCCGGCCGCCGCGGCAAUCCGCGUCGCGCGUCCGCCGCCAUGGCCAUCUCGACGACCGUCGGCUCCGUGCUGGACGUCCCCGAAGCCGAGCUCGCGUCGAUGCCGACGCGCGCGCUCAAGUCGCUCGCGAUUCGCGCGGGGCUGGAGCCGGAAUGGGAAGCGAUCGCGAGCGCGCAUCGCGCGGACCUCGUGCGCGCGCUCGCGGCGACGCGCCGCGAGCACGUCGCGUUCGUUCGCUCCGUGACCGAACUCGGCGGGCGCGACGUCGCGAUCGCGCUGGGCGUCCGAGAGAUCGAGGACGACGUCCGAGGGAAGAGCGCGGCCGCGGCGGCGACGCGCGCGUCGAUGAAGCGCGCGAUGGAGACCGCGGUCGACGCCGCGGUGCACGUCGUCCCGAGCGGCAGCGGCGUGCACAUCGGCGGCGGGUGGAUCCUCACGUGCGCGCACUGCGUCUGCAGGGACGGCGACGCCACGGACGAGGAGGAGAGCGACGGCGAUUUCGGCGGCGACGGCGACGACGGCGUCGUCGUCGUCGACCUGACGACGUCGCCGCCGACGUCGCCGAAAAAGAAGCGGAAGGCGGCCGCGCCGCCUCAAACGCCGCGGCGCGUCGGUCGCGUUAAGGACCUCGUGACCGUGGACGGGACCGUCGUCGCGGGCGAGUGCGUUCACGCGGACGAGGGGAAAGAUCUCGCGCUUCUGAAGCUCGUCGCGGCGCCGCCGGCGUCGCUUCGCGCCGCCGGCGUCGCGCCGGCGCCGGCGCCGGCGCCGAAGACGAAGACUCACAGGACGCGCGUCGUCGUCGUCGGGAACCCGCACGACUGGGACCUGGAGCUUCCGUCCGGGGCGGCGCCGAGGAAGAUGGGGUACACGCCGUUCUGGGUGAGUAACGGACACGCUUUGGGCGUUUUAUCGGCGGAGGCGGCGAGCGAGAAGGGCCUUGGUCGACAGAUGCACACCGCGUGGACGUAUUGGGGUCACAGCGGCGCGGCGCUGUUUCGAGCGUCGGACGCGCGCGUGGUGGGCGUGCACAACUCCUGGGACGAGGGCAACGACGCGAUGCGGCACGCGGUGUGCUUGGAAGAUCUCCGCGCGUUCUUAGACGCGACCGGGGUGGAGUACUACGGUCGCGGCGACGACGGGUGACGACGACCGUGUGUGAGUAGACUGAGUAGUACAGUACAGUAGUACGCUAUGAUCGGUGUAUGCGU